AUGGACGUGUACGUGAACGGUGUGCCCUACCGCACCAAGACGGGGGUGCUGGAAGUCAAGCGGCGUUUCGGUGCCGCCGCUGUUCUUGUGAGCUCGGAGCAGCAGAGACCCCUCAUAGCCCCGGUGGACGCCGUAGGGCGUUUUUUGGUGCGUGACGGUUCCAGAUACGACGUGUUCGCGCUGCAGAAGGGUGACGCUCGCGUCAUGGCCUCGCUGGCUUUGCAGCACGACCUCAAGACAUCACAGCGUGAGGUUCGAUUUUCUCAGCGGGAGCUGAGAGAGUCGCAAUCACAGGGACUCAAGCGGGGCCGAAGCAGUAGCGGCAGUAAAGGAUCAAGGCAGAAGGGAAACUACGUGCUCUUUGUGCAAGCCUUCAUGAAGAGUUUCACUAACGUCUCCUUCGCGGAUGCUGCGAAGGAGUGGCGACUGUUCCCUGAGGACGACAAGCGAACGGCACCGGUUGAUCAUCUGGUUGAGAGCGUACGGGCAAAAGGAUUGUAUCAGGCUUCGCUGGUAUGA